UCAUUUCGCGGACGGACACUAACAAAGGAUUUAGCAGCUAGCUGCUUAAAAUAUCCGCUAUUUAAUCCUUUCAGAUUCCGGUCGUCGCACAGUAGCAUGCAAAAUAUGAUAACCAUCAUCUCUAACGCUCUUUGUCGGAUCACCGGCAGGAAUGUGGGAGCCCAAACAGUGUCCGAGUUGCUGAUUGACCUGUCAGAGUACGUCAAUCUAACCUCGCCGGCGGCGCCCGCCUUGGCACAGACCCAGCGGCAACCACCCAAACCACCACCAGUCAGUACUAGAGCAUCUGUCGCACAGUUAGUUAGCUGCCAGACUGACCCACUAGACACACCAGGUGCCAGAGUCGUGGUCUCCCGCUCCUUCGCUGACUUCACCCCUCAGGCGACCUUUGACAUCAAGAAAUGCGACCUGCACCGUCUGGAGGAUGGUCCUCCGGUGAAGGCGGAGCUGACUCGGGAGCAGGGCCUGCAGUAUUACCGCACCAUGCAGACUGUGAGACGCAUGGAGCUCAAAGCUGACCAGCUGUACAAACAGAAGAUCAUCAGAGGCUUCUGUCACCUGUAUGAUGGACAGGAAGCUUGUGCUGCAGGCAUCGAGGCAGCCAUCAACCCCUCUGAUCAUCUGAUCACAGCUUACCGCGCCCACGGAUACACGUACACCCGCGGCGUGUCCGUUAAAGAGAUCCUGGCGGAGCUCACAGGUCGUAAAGGCGGUGUGGCCAAAGGCAAAGGAGGUUCCAUGCACAUGUACGCCCCGCAUUUCUAUGGCGGCAACGGCAUCGUGGGAGCACAGGUUCCUUUGGGAGCCGGCAUCGCUCUGGCCUGCCAGUACCAAGGCAACAAUCAGGUCUGUGUCACGCUCUACGGAGACGGAGCAGCCAAUCAGGGCCAGCUCUUUGAGUCUUUCAACAUGGCCGCCCUGUGGAAGCUGCCGUGCAUUUUCAUCUGCGAGAACAACAAGUACGGCAUGGGGACGUCGGUGGAGAGAGCGUCUGCCAGCACCGACUACUACAAGAGAGGAGACUUCAUACCAGGAAUCAGAGUUGACGGGAUGGAUGUCCUGUGUGUCAGGGAGGCCGCCAAGUUUGCCGCCGAUCACUGCAGAGCUGGAAAGGGUCCCAUUAUAAUGGAGCUGCAGACCUACCGCUACCAUGGGCACAGCAUGAGUGACCCGGGAGUCAGCUACCGCACGCGUGAGGAGAUCCAGGAGGUUCGCAGCAAGAGCGACCCCAUCUCCAUGCUGAAAGAGCGCAUGCUCAGCAACAACAUGGCGUCUGCAGAGGAGUUCAAGGUAAUUGACAUCGAGAUCCGAAAGGAGGUGGAGGACGCGGCUCAGUUUGCCACGUCAGACCCAGAGCCGCCGCUGGAGGAGCUGUGCAACCACAUCUUCUGCAACGACACGCCGCUGGAGGUCCGCGGGACGCACCCCUGGGCCAAACUCAAGUCCAUCAGCUAGAAACAAAUACACACACAUAUAUACACACACCAAUCUUUGAACCUUCAAAGGUAGAGUGUCCUCUCUAGUACUAAACAAAGCCCCUUCACUGCACCAGAAACGUUCAGCACCUCCUUUCUCAACUUUAGAUCUCAGCGUUCUGCACCUUAAUGGGACUCAGCUUUGACCUGUUAUUUAUUUAUAGUUUUAUAUAGAAUUAUUUAAGAUUCUCUGUUUGUCUGUAUGUUUAAUCUGCUCGAUCCUGCCGUGCGUCUGACCAGUCUGUGGACGUUGCACUAUCAUCAUGACAGAGAGGUUUGACAGUGAGAACGCGACUGUGUGAGAAGAUGAGCCAUUCCUCUGAGUGCACUGUGUGCACUUUACAGGCGACUUUACAGGUUUGAAAUCCUGCAGAGCUGCACAAUAUACGCACAAAAGUCAGGUUUCACAUUUUAAACUUUGUUUUCCCAGUGUGGUGGUGUUCCCUCCAUGUUUAUCCAGCAUUUUUUAAGCUUUUAAAUGUUCAGAAACAUGUCUGAAAGUCUCCUUCCUCCAGGAAAUCACUUACAGCCUCUGAGAUACUCUGUUGAAGUGUAAUGUCACCGUUUCUUUAAACAGUCACUUGCUGAGUUUUUUGGACUCUUUCUCAGAGUGAAACCAUCUUUUAAAACACACUACAGGGCGAGAUGAGCCAUGACUUUAAACGUAUGUAUGUGUAUUUAUUGAGUUAAAAGAAUUUACGGUGUGAUGUGAGUUUUAAAACAAUUAAGGUCAUCCAAUAUUUUAACCAGUAAUGGUGGCAAAUCAGGAAACAACUGACCUGAACCUCCAAACAUUAAUCAGAACCUGAUCGACCCAGAACGAUCUCUAUCUCCAGUCUAUUUGUUGGAUAUUAAAAAAAAAAGGAAACUUAAGUUUGGAAGAAUCCAGAAGCAGCUGGAUUUUCUGUUCCUCGUUUCAGGUUCUUCAUAACAAAGUUUACUGUUACCGACCAUGAAGCUUUCCUUUUACUGUCUCUGUGCAUGUUGAACUGAGAGAUUGUACGUCCAGUGUUUGGCUGUAAAAUAAACGCAUUAAAAAGAGUGAGUAGAG